UCUAGCAAAAACUAUAACAGAUCUCAUACUACUACAUUUGCUAAAUCAAACUUCUUCGAUAUGAAGAAUGUACCAUAUCCCGAAAAUCACAGAAAAUUCAUCAUUGUAUCUGUCAUAUUCAUCGUCUUCCUGAUCACUUUGGCAUUCAUUAAUGAAACUCAGUUUGCAAAUCUAUCAGAAAUCAGUAAAUGCGCUGCCUCCUCACCUUUAAUCAACUAUUCCCUACCCAUUAAAUCAUCAGAAGAUGAAAUUAGAAUCCUUCUCGGGAUUCCAACACGCGCUGACAACUACCAACGCCGCCAUUUCCUCCGCCUCAUAUAUGGAACCCAGUCAGUGGAAGGAGCAAAAGUCGAUGUAAAGUUUGUCUUCUGUAACCUAACAAAAGAAGACCAAAGGAUUUUAAUAGCACUCGAGAUAAUGCUACACAACGAUAUCAUAAUAUUGAACUGCAAAGAGAAUAUGGAUAAUGGUAAGACUUACACCUAUUUCUCAAGCUUACCAGAUAUGCUGAAAAACAACGACUCUGACUCGACCAACCCACCAUACCAUUAUGUUAUGAAAGGCGAUGAUGAUACUUAUUUCCGGCUACCCAAAUUGGUGGAGACCUUGAGGCCUUUAUCAAGAGAAGAUCUAUACUAUGGCUAUGUGGUUCCAUGUCCUAGUAUGGAUCCUUUUGUGAAUUACAUGUCAGGAAUGGGAUACUUAGUAUCAUGGGACAUAGUUGAGUGGAUUAAAGAAUCAGAUAUCCCGAAAAACCACAUGGUAGGGCCGGAAGAUAAAGUUUUUGGAGAAUGGAUGCGAGAUGGACGCCGUGCAAAAAACAGGUAUAAUGCUAAGUGGCAUAUGUAUGAUUUGCCAGAACCACCUACAAGGUGUGCACAUGAGCUUUGGCCAGAAACGGUGGGAGUUCACCGUUUGAAGAAUCAAGAUAAGUGGAUUCGGACAUUGCAGUAUUUCAAUGCAACUCGAGAUUUAAAACCUUCUAAAUUGUAUCAUAUACCUUAGUUGAUGAUGGUGAGAUCAAUCAUAUACUACAUUUUAACCAUUUUUUGAUAACUUAUUCAAGGUAAACAAUAAAGAUCUUUUAUUUUUCCUGCUAA